CUUCAAAAUUAUUCUCAUUAAUACUAAGAAAUAGAAAACCCACCAUCUCUUUCUCCAUUCCAUUCAAUAAAAACCUCUUCUUUUACGUGAUCUCUGUAACCUUUCUUUGAUCAUCAUCUUCAUUGCUAUAAAUACCUCGAACCCAAAAAAUUCUUGAUCCUGGACACCCAAAGAUUCGAUCUUUUUAAAAUUUUACACAAAAUACUCAACCUUUGCUAGAAAAGAACUCUAAAAAAUGAUUCAGCUUUUGUUUACAGUGAUAUUUUCAGAGAUGGCAAUGAUAUUGUUAUUUGUUUUCAAGACCCCAUUAAGGAAGUUGUUGAUAAUGAGCUUGGAUCGAGUCAAGAGAGGGCGGGGACCAGUCAUGGUUAAGACAGUUGCAGGGACAGUGUUUGUGGUUUUAAUGUCAAGUGUUUAUAGUAUGGUGAAGAUCCAGAAACGUUGGAUCGAUGAUGGUGGUGCUUUUAAUCCUACAGACCAGGUUCUUCUGGCUAAACAUCUGCUGGAGGCUACUCUUAUGGGUUCCAUCCUUUUUCUUGGACUAAUGAUAGACCGACUGCACCAUUAUAUUAGAGAACUCCGUGUGAGGAGGAAGACCAUGGAGGAUGUGAAGAAACAAAAUCGAAGUUUUGAGGAUGGGAAGGUUGAGGAGACCAAAGCAUUAGAAGCAGAGGCAUCCACACUGCGAGAAAAACUUAAACAGCUGGAAUCUGAAUUGAAAAUCAAGACAAAGGAGGUAAAUACAUCAGAAGCCAAUGCAGUUGCUCUAAGUAAGCAAUCUGAAGGGUUCCUUCUUGAGUAUGAUCGUUUGCUUGAAGAGAACCAGAACCUAAGGAGCCAGUUGCAAUCUCUGGACUUGAGAUUUUCACGUUCAACUAGCAAGAAGAAUACUUGAGGAACUGAGCCCCGCUUGUCAAAUAACCUUUUUAUCUUCAGUCUUUUUUUUUCUCAUACUAUUACUGGGGAUUUUCUUGAUGGGUUUCAUAGUUAGGGUUUAAUUGCCAUCCAUGCAUUGUUGUAAGCCUGUAAGUGUGGAGAAAAAGACAAAUUGAAAAGCAGAGAAAAGGAGUGUAAAAAUAGGUUCUCAUUUUGUGUUAAGUUCAAUUCAAAUGUAGAGCUUGACGCUGAAAAAGAAGGGAUGUAUUUUGUCAGCAGAAAUUCUGGUAUGUUUUUUUCCCAACAUGGAUUUUUGUUAAAGAGAACAAAUACUGCUGAUAUUCUCUUGUUUCUGAA